AAAUCUUCCUACGAGUUUCAUGAUGUAAAUUGCCCACCAUGCUGUAAUGAUGCUCUAGAACAUUACAGAGCUACUCUGCAUUUAUUUUUUUUUCAAAUUACUGCCUUUCGGUAUACAAAUACAACAUAACGACAGUUUACAAGCCGUUGGGAGCUUGUUUACACGUGGGCAAAGUUCCCCGAGGCUGGAAACUCAGUGGAAGACCUGUAAAUUGCAGAUAAACCGACACAGGAGCCCGGCGCGGGACGUACAUCCGGGGCCCUAUUUAAUCUGGCUCUCGGGUUCCUGCGUCAAUAAAAACACCCCGACUGGCCUGCAUCCUCGGGGCCGCGAGGGGUGAACGCGAGCAGCUGUAGCUUCAGCUGAGCUCAGACACGGUUGAAUGAGAGACCCCCCCCCCAGUCACUACAGUGGAAUUUUUCAUUUGACCAUUGAGUCGAGAUGCAGCCCAUUGUUCUUUGUCUUAUUUGCGAACUUUUCCUCUUCCCUCUUUGUGCGCAGUAUGCUUUAGACACUACGCAGUACGUCGUACACCUUUCUGCUUGCUGCAGAGCGCUGUAGGUUUAAUGAGGGGGCGAUUCUGGGUUUUUAUGGUGGGAGGCAAAAGAGGAGCCUAAUUCAUACACAGGGGCUAACGUUACCAUUAGCCAAUGAUGUGUUUUGAAUCCAUGAGUGACAGGGGAGGGGACAUUCUGGGGGCCAAUCAGCUUUCAGCUGGGGCCAGUGCCCCUGUAUUAAAGAUAAUAUUUACUACUGCUGCUUUAUAUCACUGUUCCUGUAGCUGCAUGUGGUUAGCUAGCUGCAGAGGGGCUAGUCUGUGGGAGAAAAUGAGUGAAGAUAGAUCCAAUUGGACAGAAAAGAUGGAAGAUGGUUAAACGAGGUACAGGAGAAGAAAAGCUGAGAUUUCACGGACAGAUCAGAAAGCGAGCGGAAUUUUUCUUCAGUGAAAACCUUUCCAUGACCACAUUCCCCUGACUCAGCAAGUCUUCCUGACGGGACCAGCAGCUGCGUCUGAGAUCCAGAUCAGCUAUGUUUUGGCCAUUAACCCCCACCCCCCCACCACCAGCAUGAUGGAAGUUCUUUGCUAUUGUGAAUAAAAACAAGAGGAAUUACAGACCAAAUCCCUGUCUAAUCACCCACUGGUGUUCUGAAGCUGAUCAGAUUUGCCAAAUAUAGAAGCCCCUCCCCUAAAGCAGCCAAAAAUGGAGUUUUAUUUUCCUGAUUUCUGGUCUGGCGUCAGUGUACACUGUGAAACUUCUCCUUCAUUAUCACAGUUAGUGUGAGUCACUGUGCCCGUGAUCAGGAGGACACUUUGAGCACUAUUUACUCUGCACAAGAUUUACCUCUGUGCUGAAUAGUAGUUCUCCGUGUAGUUCUGUUCUCCGUGUAGUUCUGUAUUGUAUUGUGUGUAUUGUGUGUAGCCUGUAGUAUUUUUGUUUGUUUUGCACAUUGAGCCAGGAGAAACUGUUGGAGGGCACUGAGGCGAGUCUGUAAGACGCACAGGUGGAGCAGUGGGUGGAGGGCUUAGUGCGCCGUGCCCUUGAGAAGAUGGGGGUGUCUCGAUACCCGACAGCCAACCUGCUAAGCAGAUAAUAAUCAAAUGACAGGAAUACAGGCUCCCAAACAGCGGGGGGAGGAAGUGAUUCAGGUGCCCCCCAGACUCGCAAAGUAUCCCCCCAGACCCCCUCCGGAGUGGAAGUGGAACGGCUGGGAUCCAUCAUCACCUGAGUGGGGGCUUCCAGGUGUGCUGUCAGGCCCACAUGGUGAUAGGCAGCGGGGGGGGGUGCGCAGUGUCAGGCCCCUACAGACAAGGGAGAAUUAUUAUGCUCCCGACAGACAAAUAUUUGCACACCUGUUGCUCUUUUCUGGGCCGUGAAAUUGAGUAAAGCCUACGGCUUAUUUUCAAGAUGGCCCACCUGUUUGGAGAAACGUGAGAAAUCGGACUUGUUUCCUGUACACACGGACAAAAAGCCCAAACCUUGUCUGGAGAAUGCAUCACUAAAUAAUGUCUCAUCAAUCAUUUCUUUCUGGAAUGUUCUUUUCUGUGUCCAUUUUCAAUAAACAAAAGUAGCUGUGCAACGGAUAAUAGUCUUUUUAUAACGAUUAUUUCUGUAGCUAUAAUUAUAAUCUCACGCUCACAGAAAAGGCUUCAUAGCGGCUUGUGAAAUCUGGGCCGGCUGUGCUGCCUGGGAAGCCUGCAGUGUCCACGGCGCGUUCAGGAAGCACGCUGAGCCGUGACUGGAGGCUCGGGGCCCCUCCCCUGCUAGGCCACACCCCCACCAUAUAUAAUGCUGCUACAGAGCCACACAGGGGUAGGAAGGAAUGUGACAGCCGCCCACACUUAUGCGAGCUCUGUGUGCUGCUGCCCCCUCAGGCUCAUUGAUGCUACACACCAUGGUCGACUUCUCCGAGAAGUAUCUAGAAAGGGCCAAAGACAUGAAGAACCGGCUGGCGUUCCUACGGAGGAAGAAUGAGUCCCCCGGAAGCUGUCCGUCCGGAAAGCUGGACAAAGCCAUGAAGUCAGUCAAGCCCGCACCGGAGGAGGCGCAGAAGUGGGGCGAGUCUCUGGACAAGCUGCUGGCCCACAAAUAUGGACAGGCUGCCUUCAGAGCGUUCCUGCGCACAGAAUUCAGUGAAGAGAACCUGGAUUUCUGGUUAACAUGCGAGGACUACAAGAAAAUCAAGUCACAGUCGAAGAUGGCCUCCAAAGCCAAGAAAAUCUUCGCAGAAUACAUCGCUAUCCAGUCCUGUAAAGAGGUCAACCUGGACUCUUACACACGGGAGCACACCAAGGAGAACCUGCAGACCUCGUCGCGGUCGUGCUUCGACCUGGCCCAGAAGAGGAUAUAUGGCCUCAUGGAGAAGGACUCUUACCCCCGCUUCUUGCGCUCAGAACUUUACCUGGACCUUGUGAACCAAAAGAAGUCCAUGUCGACGUCAUCUUCAUCGUCGUAGAAAAAAAACGGACAAAAUCAAGGGGACAGAGACUCAGAAAGAAAAUGCAGGGGAUUGAGUUCAUUUAGCAUUUAGUUUUGUUUCUCCAUCCCGUCUACUACGACUCAAGAAGUUCGAGAUGGCUUGUGAAGAAGGAAUGCCACAAUGUUUACACAAAGCGUGACAGAGAGUAGCCCCGUCCAGCUGGCGCGCUGGGCUGGGGUCUGGAGGGAUUAACCCGGCCAGCUGGCCCGGGGUUCAGGGGGUCAUGCCUCCGCCAUCACUGUUAGUGGUUUUUUAAGUUCCCCCAAGUGCUGGAGAACGGACUGGGUGCUGACAGGUCCCAGAGACAUGGACUGCAUUACUGCUCCUUUUCCCCCCAUCUGCCCCCCCCCCCUUUCAUUCUCAUGGAUCCUGUUAAAUUUUGUUGGUACGACAAAGGGGUGCAUCCCCUCCCCCCCACAAACUCACACCACACACACACACACACACACACACACAUUUCAGAACAAUGUCCUCAUCCCAGUGGUCGGCAAGGCCUUUGGAUUUCUUUGUCAGCCUGUUUGUUUUUACCUCUCCUCUUUUCAUUUGCCAUCAAAGUUUUUCUUUGAUUCCUCCCACCCUUACCAUUCCAUUUUUUUGGGGGGGGGGGGGAUGUAGAUCUUUCUCACUGCAUUCAUCCAAUGAAUAAGGCGAAAAAAGCAAGCGCUGGCAGUCUGAUACGACAGAGGGGGAAACCCCCCCCCCCCCCCCUUCACCCUUCCCCAUCCUCCCCCCUCCCAAACAUCUUAGAAGGACCUGCUGCCCAUCUCCAAAGAUUGUAAAAUGCUUUAUUUGAGUUCUGUAGAGCCAAUAACCUACUCAUUGUAGCUACUCCUUGACUGGAUGAGACAAUAUUCUCAGGACAUAAAGCACUCAACUAUGAAGUUUGUUAUUUUCAUUUUCUUUCAUACAUUAAAAAUGUUUGUUUUUUUAUCACUUCUGGGUUAAAAGCCUACACUCCACUCAUAUGCAGAGCAGAACAGUCGGUUGCUCUAUUAAUGAGAAGGCGGCGCUUUAUCUGUACAGAGGUAUUUAUUUAGAGACCUUAUUGCAGAAUGCUUAACACAUUGCACUCAGCUGAAACCUCCCCCCCCCCCAAUCAUUACCCAGCCGUAACCACAUCCACUGCUGUCUGGAUUUAAAGUGCAAUAUGUUUGUUUUCCUUUGGAUAAGUUUCCGUUGUUUUCUUUUUAUUUUUUUAUUAUGAAAUGGACAACGGAUUAAACUCUGUGUUACUUUUUAUUUGUAAGAAUUGUUACAGAUUCUGCUGGUUGUCUAACUCGUUUAAAUUAAGAGAGAAAGCGAAGAAGGCAAGUGUAGACCCCCUGGCAGCAGGCAGCCGGGGCUCCAUGUAAAUAUCAUUCUUAAAAAAAUGAGAUAGACAAAAUGAAAAAAAAACAAAAAAAAACAGUUGCAUUAAUGUAACGUGAGAAUAUGGUUGUAACUAUGUAAAUAUGAGAGAAAAAACUAUAAAAUAAUGUGUAUUGUUACAAAUGAGGAGGUCAGGUUUUGCUCUUCCUGGUUAUACACUGCUUGUAAGGAGUUUUAUUAAAUGUAUUUUAUCAUUUUCACUGUUUACAGACCAGUGCAUCUCCUACAGAAUAGCAAAGUGACAGGAAAAAAAAAAAACAUUUGGUGUCAUCAGUGAUGGAAAAUAAAGGAAGCAGCUUGUAUUAAAGUGA